GAACGAGAAGGGAGCACGAGAGCAGGUUGCCACACGUUCGCCAAAGCGCGAGCAAGAAAGAGGCAACGAGCACCUGGGAGGCGCCGGGAGCUGCGUGGUCGCUCCGCUUUAUUUUUUCACACAGCCGUCAUACCGAGCAGCGAACCGCCCUUCCCGCCUCUCUCCUCAGCCCCGGCACUCCUUCGCCUUUUCCCGCCUCCCCAGCGCCACAAGGCAGCGUCAGGUGUCGCGCCGAAGCGGGCAGUGCGCCUGUGCGGCAAAGCAUUAUUCUCUCCAGCUCCCGUGCCCAGCCGCGGAGAAAAGUAAACCGCAGCUAGUGCGCCGGAGGAGAGAGGAGGAAGAUGGCGGAGCCGGGGCCAACGCGGACGUCUCCCUCGUACACACGGGCGUCAGCUGUAGAUGGAUUUCUGAAAACUGAUGAAAGACAAAGACUAGCCAGGGAAAGAAGAGAAGAAAGGGAAAAGUAUCUUGCUGCUAGGGAACAGCAAAUCUUGGAAAAAGAAAGGAGAGCAAAGCUUCAGUAUGAAAAGCAAAUAGAAGAACGAUGGAGGAAGCUGGAGGAGCAGAGGCAGAGGGAGGAGCAGAAAAGGGCAGCUGUUGAAGAAAAGAGAAGACAGAAGCUCAGAGAAGAAGAGGAACGAUUAGAGGCUAUGAUGCGGCGAUCCAUGGAAAGAAGUCAGCAGCUGGAGCAGAAACAGAAGAGAUGGUCGUGGGGAGGAGCACUGGCUACAGGCUCAGGAGACAGAGAUGGUGAAUCAGAAAAUACCCCACCCCCUCUAGGUUUAGCUGCCAACACCCUCCUUCCAGACUCUGUGGCCUCAACUGCUGCUGCUGAUUCCGCAAAUGCAUGUGACAAACUUUCAGCUUCUACAAUGAAUCUGCCAAAGCAAAUGGAGUCGCCUAUCAAUAAGCGCCUCUCCCACUCCACAGCAACAAUAACCUGUUCCCCUGACAGAGCUCAUCGCAUGCACCUUAGUCCAAUGGAAAACUUUAUUAUUUCUCGACUAUUGACUCCCACACAAGCUUCUUUAGCCAGAAGCAGAAGUACAUUAAUGCUUUCUGAGCAAUACAGUGAUUCAGUAUUCCAUAUCUGUCCUCGUGUAGCGCCAGCUAGCCCUCUUAAAUCUCCUUACAAGCCUUCACCCACUCGAAGUAUGGAGAGAAAGAAGGCAGCAUCUGCGUCAACAUCUGAUGCAAUGAAAGGAGCAACUGCAGUAGAAGUGCCACAGAGUGAGAAGAAAAAGAAAGAGAAGCGGCCCACAACCCCCGGCACAUCAUCUGGUUUGGGAUCUCCUCUUCGAAGAUCUGAUUCUCCAGCAGCCAUGUCCAAGCGAUCAGGUUCACCUGCAACUCCUAAAACACUUACAAAGACUUACCCACAGUCUCCCAAAACUACUAAACAGUAUCCGGCUUCUCCUGUGAAACACCGUGCCACUUCAAAUCUCAACCAAGAAACGCCUAAGAAAAGGGCAGAAAAGCAUAAAGAUCAGCAAAGGGAGACUGCUGGUCAGAAAAACCAAGGGUCACCUGGUGAAGAGGCUGUAAGCCAAAAUCUAGCUGAAAAAUCUCUGCCUUCUGCAGGAAAGACCGAAAGCAGUGAAGGGAAACUUGCAGCAGGGACUACUGAUGCUGAAGAAGCUACGAGGAUUUUAGCAGAGAAGAGGCGCCAAGCUCGUCUCCAGAAAGAACAAGAGGAAAAAGAAAAGCAGGAGAGAGAAGAACGUGAAAGGCUAGAGAGAGAAGAGCUGAAAAGAAAGGAAGAGGAAGAGAGGAUUCGCCUGGAGGAAGAGGCUCGCAAGAGAGAGGAGGAAAGAAGGCGUGAAGAGGAAGAAGCUAGGAGAGCAGCGGAGGAGGAAACUAGGAGGAGAGCGGAAGAAGAAAUCCUGCUAAGGGAAAAACAAGAAAAGGAAUUGCAAGCUAUGAUUGAGAUGCAGAAAGAAGCAGCAGAAGCGAAGGCCCGGGAGGCGGCUGAGCAUCUGCGUCUGGAAAGGGAACAAAUCAUGCAGCAGAUAGAGCAAGAAAGACUGGAGCGAAAGAAGAGAAUAGAUGAAAUAAUGAAAAGGACAAGAAAAAGCGAAACACCAGAAAUCAAGAAGGAAGACAUUCAGCUGGAUGUGCCAUCAUCUUUAAAUCUGGACAAACAGCCAAAGCCACCUGCUAUCAAUCAAGCAGAAAUGAAUGGACUGACAGGCUGCAAAGAUGAUAAAGGCCUGGGAUGUGCUGUGUCUGACUCUUUCCCUCAUGAUGUAUUUUCCAAUGGACUUAAGCCACUUAUGGGCCUUAUUCAGCUGAACCCAAUGGAUGGGAAAUCAAAUAGCAUUGAUGAUUCAACAGAUGAAGUUCAGUCUAUGGAUGUGAGUCCUGCUUCAAAAGAAGAGCUUAUAUCUAUUCCUGAGUUUUCACCAUUGAAUGAAAUUAUGCCUGGUGUUUCUUUGGACCAAAAUGGAUCAAAUAAUGGGAAGGCUCUUCAAGAUCUACUAGAUUUUACUGGCCAGGCCACUUACCCAAAAUUAUCAAGUGAAAGUGUCAGCAUAGAUGAUUGUAAUAAAAACUUGAUUGACGGAUUUAAUAGUCCAGGACAGGAAACAACUCUCAACACCUUAUGUUGACAAACACACUACUACUUAGCAAUAAGAUGGCGUAAUUUGGGAGAAUAUAGACACUUCCAACGCUGCUGUUGGUCAAACAAGAGCUCGUCAUUUUAAGAAGCUGCUGAAGUCCUCAACAUUGGAUAUCAUGUUCCUCUGCACUGAAUUUACUGUCUUCCCAUGUGCAUUGAUGAGCAAGUAGUCAUUUUGGUCAGGAGUGGAAACUUCAGUUUGAGUGGUUUCAGGGAAUAUUUGUGGGAGCUUUUUUAUAAUUGAACUUUUAGCUGCUAAGAAAACAUGGUUAUUAAACAUAUACGUAUAUAUAUAUAUAAAUAAAUAUAUUAUCAGUGGGCUCCCAAGUGAGUCAGUAAAAUUUAUUUUAAAACCAUUCUUUUAAUUUUGUCAUUGAGCUGUCAGGAUUGUGUGUGUGUAUGUAAAAAUGCACAUUAAAAUGAAAUGGCUGUUCCUGUGUUUGCCUUUCAGUUUGUUUGUUUUUUUCCCUUGGGAAAAAGUCAUUUUUAAAAUGCCAUUUAUUAUAGGUGUCUUAUUGCAAAUUAAUAACUGAGAAGGCUUGGAAAAAUAUGCAACUGCUGGAAUCCAAUAGAUUUUCUUGCAGACAGUGGAACAUUUGAAUUACCACUCAUAUGGCACAUAACAAUUUUAUUUGUAGUACUUUUUGAUCUGUCGGUAACUGAGUUGGCACUGAAUUGGAGCUACCACUAAUAUAGUGCUAAAAUGAAAUUAGCAAGUUUUCUCAUUAGGAAAGUUUUAUCAUUACAUGUAUUAUAUUAUUGUAGAAGUAACUGUAUCAUGGGGUCCAGGAUGAUGAUAUGUUAAUGUUCAAGAUUCAGUGUCUGUUAUCAAUACCAGGUGGUUUUCAUUCAUGGGAUUCUCUAUCCAACAACUCAGCUUCAUAUAAUCAACAGCAAACAGUAUAUAUACAUGGGCAACAAGAUAUUAUAAGGUACAUAACCACAAGUGCUGAAAGUCGUACUCCUGCAACACUAUAGUCUUAUCAGCCUCUCUCACUCUGCAAUUGUAUAUGAAGAAAGCUCUUGUUGAGAAUGCAUAGAUGUUCUAUAUAAUGUAUGAAGGGCAUAAUUCAGACUAGUUAAGCAUUUUGAGAUCUGUUAAUUCCAAAGGGCAAGUCAAGCACUUAAAUUUCUCUUGAAUUUGGAAUCGAUCAACCUUAAGAGUGUUUAGUUUAGCCUGGAUUGUGCACAAGGAAUUUCAAUUUUUGGUGAACUCUUCUUACCUUUUAUGCUGUAUUCUAUGCUGCCUAGAGGACAACUCUGUCCCGUUCUUUACAACAACAAAAAAGACAAUUCUGUUGGAGCUAAAGAAAUGGGAAACUUUUAUAUGUUGGGGGUGUUGAAAUGUAAUGUAGCUUUGUUCUCGUGGCUCUAAAAAUGGGCACCUAUUGAGAAAUUAAAGUAGUUAUUAAACCUAUGUGAUAAUAUAACCAAAUGCUUACAAUAUUUAUGUUGAUGUCAUUCAGCAAAAAAUACUUCCUUGGUGGCUGUGCAGUAUGUGGUAGCAUGGUAUGGUGUUCUUCCAAGUUAAUUCUGCAGUUUUCCUCAUAAACAAUAAAGAACUUAACCAUA